AUGACAGAUCAAGGCUACAUAUCAUCUGGAUCAGGCAGCGGCAGGGUAUCAGGUGGUGAAGGGGGAGAUAGGAAUUCGAUCGUCUUGAAAGUGGGAAUGGUAGGAGAUUCACAGAUUGGUAAAACUUCAUUGAUGGUGAAAUACGUCGAAGGGAGUUUUGAUGAGGAUUAUAUACAAACGCUAGGGGUAAAUUUCAUGGAAAAAGCAAUAACGAUACGAAAUACUGAAAUAACAUUUUCGAUAUGGGAUCUAGGUGGUCAGAGGGAAUUCGUAUCGAUGUUACCACUAGUAUCGAAUGAUGCGGUCGCGAUUUUGUUCAUGUUUGAUUUGACGAGGAAGGCAACUUUGAACAGUGUCAAGGAGUGGUAUAGGCAAGCUAGGGGUUUCAACAAGACCGCUAUACCAGUACUUAUAGGGACGAAAUACGAUCAAUUUGCCUCAUUCCCUCGUGAGGAACAAGAAGAAAUCACAAAGCAAGCUAAGCGGUUCUCCAAAGCUAUGCAUGCUCCAUUGAUAUUCUGUUCGACAUCGCAUUCCAUAAACGUACAGAAGAUCUUCAAAAUUGUUCUAGCCAAAGCAUUUGAUUUGAAGUGCGUCAUACCGGAAAUAGACGAAGUGGGAGAACCAAUCUUGUUAUACGUCGAUGUAUGA